AUGACUGUCAAUGAGUAUGCCUUGAAAUUCAGUCUUUUGUCUAAGUAUGCUCCAUCUUUGGUAGCAAGUCCAAAGGAUUUGAUGAAUAGGUUUAUGACAGGGGUGUCUGAUCUAGUAGAAGAAGAAUGUCGUAUAGCAAUGCAUGUUGAUAAUAUGGAUAUUUCACACCUCAUGGUGUUUUCCCAACAAAUAGAAGAGUCAAAAGUCAAGAAGGAUAGGGCUAGGGAGAAAAAGAGGCAAGGCUUUUCUAAUGCUCCUAUGUAUAAUGAUGAGAGGGUGUCUACCCCUAGGCCACAAGGGAAAGGUAGUGAGUCCCUAUGGCCCACUUGUUCUAGGUGUUGUAAGAAGCAUGAUGGUAAGUGUUUGGUAGGUAGAGAUGGUUGCUAUGGAUGUGGUGAGAGUGGCCACAUGAAGAAAGAUUGCCCAAAGGCAAAGGCUACUAUAAGAGAGGGUAAGCAAGUUGCCCCUAGUGGUGGGGAUGAUGAUCCUCCAAAGAGGAAUAGGUUUUAUGCUCUCCAAUCUAGAGAAGGUCAAGAGUGA